AUGACCGGAAAGCGGCGCCUGUGGUCAGAAGAAGAGACAAAAGGGCUAUACCAUGUGCUCGACAAGAAUUCCAACGAAGGCUCCAUCUCGUUUGCUCAAUCGGUGACAAAGAUCCAACAGCACCUCCUGAAGAGUAGAGAGAAGGGAAACUCGCAGUUGAGCGAGACCCAGGUGAAGGCCAAGCUACGGGGGCUGGGACAGAAGGUCGGCGUCAGUGCCGAGAAGCUCGUCAGCGGAUGGCGUCGACAUCGGCAACAGUUGGUUCCCAAACGCUACCACCAGCAAAGCACCUCCCCGUCCUCAAGGUCUCCAAGCCUGCGUGGCAGAAAUUCAGAUCCGCCACAGGAUCCAGAGCAACCGUCGAACGACUCCCCAAUCCCAGCGCCACCUGAUGACAAUCGCAGCUCACCAUCGGGAGAAAAUCCCUUGGGCUCUCCUUCCAGAGUCGCCAACGAAUCCAACAAGAGUCCUCCAGUGCCUUAUGACCUUGUCACAAGAAUCCUGUACCGCGCCCAAAUUCCAGGCUAUGACUCUAUAGAUGACGCACUCAAUUCAGCCUGGCGAGGAUCCUUUGAGAGCAGGAAAUACACCUCUGGACUCUCCACGCCAGACGCCUUUCACGCUCUCGCCGGGGCUGUACUUGACAUCGAACGUGGCGUUUCAGCCUUUGUGACAGGUUUCCCUGUUGCCCACUUGACACCGUCCAAUCUCACCCGCGCUUCACUCAAUCUAGGCGAGACACUGUGCGGCAUACCAGACCGAAGUUAUGUGGAGAACACCUUGAAAGUUCUCCUUGCAAAUCCAUUCAUGAACACGGAGAUUAUUCUUCGCGCAUUUGCUGGAGUGGCCAUGUUUGCCUGGGCGUUCGGGGAUGCAAGCUGCCCAUUGCAUGUGGAUCGUCCGAAUCCGCUUCCAAAGCCGAUAAAUGGGAAUCUCCUGAAGUUUUGCGAAGAAUACUUGCCACUAUUUGCUGCGUCAAUGAAACAGGAGGAGAAUUUGAGCUAUCUGGACCUCGUUAUCAAACCCAUGAUUCCGGAACUUGCACGUCGGUUCGCAAGGGACCUCUCCGACGUUUUCCAGAGUCUUUGCGUUUCUCCGGCACCGCCUAUCGCGUUGAUACAAUGGCAGCGCGACACCGCGGAAGCUCAGGGAGCAGAUGAAGAAGGAGUGUUCGACUACCGGCUGGGCUUUCAGAUGAAAUCCAUGCGCUAUUUCGAAGAAGCUUUCCUGCAGGCAUUGAAGUUCGACAUGAGAAUGCGAACGGCUGACCCUGAAUACAAAUUCGAAACAAAGUGGCCCCGAAUCGGGGUCGAGUUUAAGCACGAAUCGAUGACUCCCGCACACAAAAAUUCCGAUGGCCGGAAGCUGACCGAGGAGAACACGGUGACCCUUGCUCUGUGUCCGGCGUUGUGGAGAACCUAUGGAACUCCCGAGAACAGGAAGCGACACUGCCUUCACAAGGCCUUGGUCAUAGUCGAGGGUUUUGGUAUGGACGAGUUUGCUCUGGGUUAUCCCCCGGUCGUUGAUCUCCCCUGA